AUGAUCUUCGGAUUAGGACUACUGGUCAACACGGUCCUUGUGGGCAUCCCAGUUGGGGCAACUGUUGGAGCACUGGUGGGAAUUGAUGCCCACCGAGCUGCGACAGGCCAGAAGGCUCUAUUCACCGGUGGAAACAACGAGGACGCCAUAGGUUCUGGGGGUGGUGGUCACGGUGGUCACGGCAGCGAUAGUACUGGCGAUGGCGGUGGCCAUGAAAGCACUGCUGGCACCGGCGUGAGAAACACUCAAUACUGUGACCUGUCUUAUGGAAUCACUCCACCGUCAAAGACUGAACAAUAUAUCCUGAACCCUAACCAGUGGGGUGUGACAUCAACUUCCACAGGAAACGGGCUGUGUAUGAAUGUCACCACAUUCAACAACCAGACCUAUGUACCCCAGACCGCUCCGGAAUUCUCCGUUACAUGGCAAUUCGACCCUGGCCCAGAGACAGCACCUGUCCACGGAUACCCGAACGUUCGAAUCGACGAUAUUUUGCCGAAGGCGCUGGAUACAAUCUCCGAGUUGAAUCUCGACUUGCAUUGGACAUACGGACUAGGCGAUCAACCCGCCGAGUCAACAGACAAACAGACAUUGAAGGAUGAGAAUCUCGCCGCCAACGUUGCCAUUGAUAUGUUCUUGGACAGCGAUGAAGACAAAGCCAAGAAUGGAACCGAUGCCAAAUUCGAGGUCAUGGUGUGGUUCUGGAUGUCAUCUCUGGUGGCCCAGCCCCAUGGUUGGGGAAAGCCAGAAAUUAACCGCACUCUGGAUGGGACAACAUUCACACUCUACUCUGGUAAAAAUGACCAAGACCAGCAGGUCUUGUCCUGGGUUACGGACGUCAUGACCGAGAAAUUCACUGGGGAUAUCUACCCUCUCAUCACAGAUCUAUACAAUCUGGAAGGCGACGAAUACCCUGCGAAAGACGACUAUCUGGGCAGUUUGAGUUUCGGAACAGAAACCUAUUCUGUGGACAAGAAUGUCACAUUCUCCGCCAAGCAUUACAAGAUCGAUAUCCAGACUUCGAAGUGA